AUGGACCCGUCUCAGAACCGGGGCCGUUCCCCUUCUGCUACCGGUCACCACCACCAACAGCAUCCCCAUAUAACGAACAGCCACUCGCCUUCCCCUGCCCGGCCGUUUGAUCCAGCCGAAACCUCCAAUAUCGGCUUAGGCAUUGAUAUAGACUCCUCGUCAUCUCAACAGUUCACAGGGGCCUCCGACUUCUCUGCCUUCAACCCUGGCGUUGCCAAUAAUUUCUUAGAUCCUCAGCAGACCCAGGCUUUCCAAGGAGAUACGUCUUUUGCAAACUACGGCCCGCCGAGUGGGCUGGAUGACCUUGCUGCCUUUGACCAACAGCAGCAACAACAGCAGCAGCAGCAGCAGCAGCAGCAGCAGCAGCAGGUGGAUUUUGGCAACGACUUCACCAUCUUUCCUCCCUCAAGUACAGGCGAGGAGCAGCUGAACGGGCCGUUGUUUGCCGGCGACCCAGGUCUGAGCCAAUCCAUUGGCAGCCCGGAUAAUAACAAUAUGGCGCAGGCCUCUCCUCACCAACCCACACCUCCGCACAUGUUGAACCUGGAACCACAGUCUGGUCACCACUCCCCUUCCUUCAACCAGGGCCAGUUUGUGCCCUCCCCAGGACAAGGGCACAGUAGGAACGUGUCGCUCGGCCCAGAGGCUGCCCUGCUGCCUGGCCAGGACUGGAACCAGUUCCGAACGCACCGGAGAAGCCCCUCCGAGUACUCAGAGGUCUCGUCCGUGGGCGUGUCCUCGCCCAACCUCGGUGUCAGUGACAGCUUUGAUCACGUCGAUCCAAAUCGCUCGCCCAUGCAGCGACCCCAAGACCCGUCCGUAAUCCAGGAGCUACACGGCAUUGGUAGCUUCACCAUCUCGGACCAGGCCCGCAGCCCAUCUCACAGUCCUGCCAUCUCACCACGCAUCCUUCCCCAGCAGGCGCCAGACAUGAACCAGCAGCAGAGCUACACCUUGGCCAGCAACGGCUAUGUGAACGGUCCUCCUCAGCCCUAUGGCAUGCAAGCCGCUGAGGCCUUCCCGACCCUGCCACAGGCGACCGAGGCAUCACAGAACUAUCCGCUUGCGCCCACCAUCAACAUCGUCCAGGCCCCUCCUGUGCGGAACAACUUUGACAGGUCCCCAUUGGUUGAUACUGAUGCCCUCACACCGCCUGAUAGGGGUCGCCGUCGGCAGCGGGCCGUUACUGAUCCCUACACCAACAGUUCGUUGAGUCAGCGGUCAUCUGCCAGCUCCCUAUCGCCUCAUCUCGGUGCCGAUCUGUCGCCGGGCAGGGGAGACGCAUCCCGGUCGUUGUCACCGCUGGAACGGCAGCAGUCUGCCUCGCCCAACAGGAGACGCCAGUCCACGUCGGCGGUGCCGAACAACGUGCUGGCCCUGCGCCUUGCCGAACCAGAGCCAGGCGAAGCAUCAGGCCCCAAGCGGGUGCAGAAGCACCCGGCGACCUUCCAGUGCAGCCUGUGCCCUAAGCGCUUCACACGUGCCUACAACCUGCGCUCUCAUCUGCGUACGCACACGGACGAGCGGCCGUUUGUGUGCACUGUCUGCGGCAAGGCCUUUGCCCGGCAGCACGAUCGCAAGCGCCACGAGGGCCUCCACUCGGGCGAGAAGAAGUUUGUGUGCAAGGGCGACCUCAAGGCUGGGGGCCAGUGGGGCUGCGGCCGGAGAUUUGCCCGCGCUGAUGCCCUCGGACGGCACUUUAGGUCGGAAGCCGGCAGGAUCUGCAUCAAGCCGCUCCUGGACGAGGAGAUGCUGGAGAGACAGCGCCAGUGGGGCGAGCAGCGCAUCGCACAGCAGCAGCAGCAGCAGGCAGCCGCUGCGCAGCAUCAACAGAUGGCGAUGGGUGGGCUCAUGGCGCCGCCAGGCAUGGACAACGGCGGAGGCUUCCAGGCUCCUGGUGGCUAUAUGCUGCCUCAGGCGCUGCUGGCGCAGUAUCCUGCCCUCGCCAACAUGGACUGGGCCGCGCCGAGCAUGCAGGGCGAUGGCAGCGGCCUCGAGGACGAGAUCUCGGGCCGGUCCAGCUUCGAUGCGUCAGACCUUGGUGAGGACGACGAUGCUGGCUACGUCUCGGGCCCUGGUACCGGCUUCGGUCCCGGCGGCAUGGGCGAAGGCUUUGGCGAGAUGGGCUAUGCCAGUGAUUAUGCUUCGGGACCGAGGCGAGGCUGAGACCCUCCAAUCUUCGGGUUGUCUGGUCUGAUCCUUGAUCAGUUAAUACCGCCUCUUUCAGAACUCGAGGAGCUUCGUGGUGUAUCCUUUCCUUGAUGAUUGGGGUGGAAGGGGAGCGCGAGGGGUCGGCGUUGCAGAACUGUUUUAUACACGAGGUCAGCUCCCUUGUGAUUCAUUGGUGCACCUAUCUUCAGAGGCGCGCGGGCGGCGGGUCCGGCUGCCUUUUUGUUUCCUGGGGCUGUGUUGGUUUCUUGGGGGGUUUUUCUUUCUUUCUUCUUCUUCACAUGAGACCCAGGUUGUUGUUUUCUUUUAUCACUUUGGAUUAUAGACCAUUUUUGGAUUUAAUCUUCCUCACGCUUUUUAGAUACCAAUAUUUGUCUUUUCAGGGUUCUUCCCAUUUUUCUUGCUUUUUCUUCUUCUUUCUUUUGUCUUCUUUUCACUUUCAUUACAUAUUGGCCUUUCUGUCUCUGCUACCAUGGUAGGCAGGCAUCAAUGGGUGUGGAUGUUGAAGUUGUGUGCUUGUGUUGUUAGUCUUGGAUGUCGAGCCUCUUGUGUCAAUAGACCAACCAAACUCAACCCCUUCCAAGUCG